UAUCGAGUGUUCUAUGUGUUGCAGUGACCAUUAAUACAGUGUUUCCUAUUGUUACACUGGUUUGAGGUGUUUAUCAAGUGUUCUAUCAUGUGUUACUGUAGGAUUUCAUCAGCUGCUUCAAGCCCUAAUCGUUGUUCCAAAUGUUAGAAAAAAAUCAGGCAGACCAUAAGUGACAUUGAAGUAGCAAAGAAAAUACUAUAGCUCAAAGCCAAAAGAAGUGACAAGAGUAACUAAAGGGAGAGAUUUUGAAUUACGUGUGAGUGAAGUUGCUAAGACUGUACUCUGAAACAUCUCUGGUCAGCUCCUCCAAUUGUAAACUUGUAAACGGUUCUCAGCACUGAUUGAAAGUGAAGAACAAGAAUGACAAGAGUAACUAAAGUGAGAGAGUUUGAAAGUGUGUGUGUUUGUGUGUGAGUGAGUGAGUGAAUUUUACUGAGACUGUAUUUUGAAACGUCUCUGGUCAGCUCCUCCAAUUGUAAACGGUUUGAAUUGAAUUGAAAGUCAAGAACAAGAGUGACAGAGUAACUAAAGAUAGAGAGUUUGGAAGUGUGCGUGAGUGAAGCUACUGGGAUUGUACUCUGAAGAAAGUAAAAAAAAAAAAAAAAAAAACUAGUUAGCACUUUGUAAACUUGUAAAGGGUUCUUAUGAUAGAUUGGAAGUAAAGAAUAAGAGUGACGAGUAACUAAAGAGACAGUUUGGAAGUGAGUGUGAAUGAAGUUACUGCGACUAUUCAGGAAGAUCUCUGCGCAGUGCAUCCUCUACCUCUGUAAAGUCGUGAAGGGUUCUCAGCUCAGACUGAAACUAAAGGACCUAGCAAGUGGUGCAAACAACAUCCAAAAAAAAAAAAAAAAAAAAUGAUUCGGGUUAAAAAGAAAAUGAAGAAGAAUAGAGUUUCCGGUAGUAGGAAGAAAAUUAAUGAAAUGAAAGCUAAAAGUGAAGAAAAACAAACAAGCAAUGGUCUAACUUUUUGUAUAAGAGGGAUGCUGGCACAGGGCAACGAAAUGGACAAAGUUGACACUCCCUAAAAAAAAAAAAAAAAAAAAAGUAAAUAAAAAAAUGAUAAAAAAUGAAAAAAAUAGAUAAAAAUAAAUAAAUAAAUAAAUGUAAAAUUGGAGGACGAACGUCUAGAAACCUUCCUCUAGAAAGAGUUCAAGUCAUAAGAAGAGGAAACAGAGAAACAGAGAAGAGUUCCAGAGUUUGCUAGAAAAAGAAAAAGGAUGAAAGAUUAAGAACACUGGCGAAGCUACAGAACAGGAAUGAGAGAAAAUACAAAGGCUUCGUUGCCUCAGACAGCUGUUUCGGCGAGGGAAAAGAUAAGGUUUAGAAGAGAAGAGGCGGCAGUCCACACAUUGAAAUUUAGAGCCAAAGCCGCGAAUGUUGCAUAAGUUAAUGGCGAAGAGACAGUUUGCUCUCAGGAUCGAAACAAGAAGAGCAGGCCGACGUGGUGACAUUUGUGGUCUCCCUUCCAGGACGAGAAUUACGUGGCUGGUGCAGGAGUCGCUAUAGUGAAGGUGGUGGAUAAAUUUCAGGUUGACUCAUGAUUACAAGUCUAACGUUUCCACUAUAAAUAAUUUCUCUGACGAAGACUUAGAGUUGAAACGUUAGAGAAACAAAGUAUUCCUGGGUCAAUGUAAGACUCAUCUACCACCUUCACUACCCAACUCUCCACACAACUGUAUCGAGUCGCUUAUAGAAAAAAAAAGAAGAAAAGUUGGGGUAUCGAGUGAAGUGUGUGCGUGUGAUAAGCAGCAUGUAGAAUUGUGCCAAGGAAGAGAGUUGUCCUGACUGACGCCCUGUUAUUUACGUCCGAUCUCAGAAAUGCCUUGUUCUCUCAUCUCGACAGUUUUCCAAGGCCACAGAGACGACUAGCCUGGUUUUCAAGACAGUUUCUCCUUAUAAUAAUCUAGAAAUCUUGCCUCUCCAUCACCCGAACCUUAAAAAUAUCCUUAAAAAACAUGAACAUCUUGAACUAAACCCUUUGGAAAGUAAUGAUGGUAAGAGGGCAGAGCGUUCAAGAAUACUGACCUCAAGAUACAAAGGGAGGCCACAAAGACUCUUGAAGGUCACAGCUGGGUCAUAGACAAGUUCACAGCACCUCUUGGCCCAGUGUUUGAGACCCUCCUGGGAGUAAUCAUCGCUUCGCGUCACGCCACUCCUCUCCACGCAUCCUGUGUGUGUGUAGUACUGUGUACGUGUGUGUGGGCGCCGCUGAGACAUGGCAGAUAGUGAAGGGCAGAAGCAAGACACAGGCGCCUCUGAGGACAUCAAUAAACCCUUCACAAUCGACCACACGAAGAGAAAAACAGAGGUGGAUAUUUGCCCUGCAGUCACCAGUAAAGAGAUCAGAGAACCAGAGGAUACCAUGGCGAACGAGACUAGGGCAGAGCAGCUCCUGGCGCUGGGCAUAGAGUGUCUAGAGAAGGAUGAAGACUUGGAGGCCCUGAACCACCUGACGGAGGCCAUAGCAUUGGACACCAGUAACCCUCUCCUCUUUAUUAACAGGGCGGCUGCUUAUGCCCGGCUGAAGAAUUAUGAUGACGCGAUGGAGGACGCCGAGACAGUGGUGGAGAUGCGUCCAGACUGGCCUGAGGCAUAUCUGAGGAAGGGUACCAUCUGGCUGGCUGAGUUUCGGCACCGUCUGGCUUACUGUACCUUGGAGAGCGGUCUGUUGCGGGAUCCUGGGAAUGAGAAGCUGGGGAGGGCCUUCUUUGAGACCAAGACAAGGAUGCAGAAGGCGAGGAAGGGCACCAAGUACCCGAAGCCUCUCACUCACCCGCUGAUGGACAAGUCGACCCACGAGCUGCUCAGAGUGAACCCCAUCACUAGUGACUUCAUGACCGACCCCGCGUUUGUUGACAUGCUGAACCGAGCGAGGCGAGACCAUGACCUGUGGAACGAGGUGAAAUAUUCCGAGGACGAACGUUACAUGGUAGCCAACACCGUCGCUUUGACCUUUGAAGUGAACGCUGUGGAGACCGACUCGAGCGACAUACGUGAUAAAGAGAAACACAGCGAGGAUCUCAAAAGGUUUAAUUACCCUUACAUUCAGAGAUUCGAGGCUGUGCGCAAGAUAGUCCUCCCCGCAGACCGUCCACCUGUCCCAGCCCCGCCCGAAGUGAAGAGAAGAACCCCCUCGCCAGUUGUGAAGUAUCCGAAGGGGUGUGAAAUAGAUGGGUCCCCCCUGCUUGGCGAAAUGAAUCUUUGUCAACCCUCGUUUUCUUUUGAGUGAAGUUGUGUUAUUGAAGCGAGAGGUGGCGAGGGAAAGGGAACAAGAGGCCGGCGUGCUAAGUGACGUGUGAGGUGAGAAGAGCAUUGCCAGACCACUCCCUUCACACCUACGGCUGCUGCCUUACUCCCGCCACUCUUCCUACUGCCUGGUGUUGCUCUGUGCUGGUAAAAAUCAGUCUGUUAUUUAGCACAGUAUUUUGAAGCAUUUCUGUGCCGCAUCUCCCCUAUUUGAAGUCUGUAGUGUAAAUUAUCCGAAGUUUUAAGGGUGUCUGUACGGUUUUAGUGGCAUAUUAACGCUAUUUCUACAUUAUUAACAGAAGUAACAGUCUUUAGAACAAGGCAACUUAUCUCUGUGGUCUCUGAAAACAGUUGUGGUGUGGGAGCAAAACGUUUCUGGUCUUACUCAGCAUAUAUACACAUACAUACACAUACAUAAUAUAUAACAUACGUUUUUUUUUUUUUCCGGCUAAUAGUACCCUUAGUAUUAUUCUACUUGGAGAAGCAAUUUAUCCAUUCAAUUAUUACGUGCAUACUUACAUACACAUAUACAUAGGUCAAAUAUAUACAGCAGUUCUUAUAUUGUUCUGCUAAUGGGACUUGUUUUAUUAGAUUUCUCGUUGAGAUAGACAAAUAAUUCAUUCAGUUGAUACAUGCAUACUUAUAUACACGUAUACAUACUUUAUAUAUUACAUACUUGAUUAUAUACCACAAUUAUUAUAUAUUUUUUUCAUUAGAAUUCUCGUUUGGAAAGACAUACUUAAAUGAUGACGAUGAUUGAUGAUAAUGGUGAUGAUGAUGAUAAUGGUGAUGAUACUUAAAUGAUGACGAUGAUUGAUGAUA